UCAAAAUCGAAAGUACGAUUUCAAAUCGAAAGUUCAGGUACAAAUAUUGAGUCACCCUAAUUAGUGAUUCCGAAAGUAGGCGGUGGUUUAUUCAAUUGGGAACUAACAGAUUUCGGUUGACAAUGGUUCUGGGGGCGUAUUUAUACCGUCUUCUUAGAUCAGAUGAAGAUACAAACAAAGAUCUCGUUGCCAGAAAACCGACUGCUACGGAAGUAACUGUUGAAUCGCACAUAAUGGGGAAGAAAGACUCUCCCUAUAUUUCUACGUGUGCUAACAAAGCAACUGUUGAGAUGUUUGUCGGUUUAGCAAAGAAGAAAGACGAGAAAAAGAAAACCAAAAUAACUCGUUAUACCGUUGUGCAGAUAGAUGUCGAGAAACUUAAGAAAGCAGGCUGUUCAGAGAUCAUCGAUCUCACAGACCCGGACAUUCUAGACAAGGAAAUAAAGGAAAGCAACAAGCGCGCCAGGAAUUACGCAACCAAGUAUAAGGAAGUCUUAAUUAAGAGCAAAGUACCCGCAAGCUGCUUCACCGUCCUUCCAGAGUGCGAAGAAUCAAGUGAUUAUGAAAUUAGCGACUACACGUCUGUGGAUGAUGAUAUCGACUCCCUUGCAUCUGGUGUGAGUAAACUGUCGGCGAAAUAACCUCCAUUUUGAGCACCCUUAAUAACGAUCAUUUGCAACAACAUGUAACUGCUUUUUUCUAUAAUCAUAAUCGAUGUUUAAAACCUAAAUGUUGGAGGUAUCUUUGAUAUGUUAGAUUCUGUAUCCUGUCUUCAAGUUUUAAAAAAGGAUUGUUGACAAUACUAGACAGUAAAAAGAAUAUUCGUUUGAUGUUAAAACUUGUCUAAAAUACAGUCUAAAUAAAGAAGCCUCAUGAAGUCCAGGCCCCAAUAUCACCAAAGUACUCAUGUGAAAUCUUAUUUUUAAUCCAGACUUAUCUUACCACAUUGCAUAAAAAGUAAUUCAAAUUCUUGUUUGCUUGUACCCUUCUUAAGAAUGUAUUUUCUCAUAGAUAUGAUUACCUUUUGUUAAAACAUCAAAGAUAACUAAUUUAAUAACAUAAUUACUGUACUUGAGUUAUUGUUAAAAAUUGAGGGGUACUUAUUAACCUUUUUUGAUGUAUGUAAUAGUUUCUUUGGAAUAUUGACCUUUGUCAGCAACACAUUUAAUGGGAGAAAGCUCUUUUAAAAACAGUAAAAACAUAUACGAUUGUGUUGAUGUCACGUGGUAAAAGGAAUUGAGAUUGAAAUUUGAAUUAUGUAUUUUUGUUAUAGUAGCCGUAAUGUGCAGUAAAGUAAAACCUAAUAUUGUUUUAUUAUAAUGUUCUUCGUUUGAAUAAUAACUUUUGUCGUGAAUGUACACUAUUCUUAAUAAACAGCAAUAUUAUACUCUA